CGGUGGGCCAUUUCGCGCUUAGUGAUCGUCGUCGAUGUCGUCGGUGUGCCUUCUCCGCUGCGUUUUGUGCGCUUAAUUUCACUCUUCUUUUUUUUCGGCCACACACUUUUCAAUGGAAUUGAUUUGUUGGGUGAUAUAAAAGCGUACGACAGCCGCGUACGGCCAACCAUAAGACGCCUUCAAGUCUAGCUGACUGGACACGAACGACGAGAGUAGAUAUUGGGAUUACAUUGUCUGUCUUCGUUGCGUUCGAAUAAAUAUCUGGCGUAUCAAAAAUAUCAAAUUACUGAUUUGUGAAGAAAUUUGAAAAAAGCAUUUUUAAAAAAUUAAUUGAAAACUGGUGAAAGAAUUAUUUGUAAGAGUUAAAAACCAAGUUUUUGAAACCAAAAAUUUAAGUGUGUUCAAAAUUAAAAAAAAGCAAAAGCAAAAUUGAUAUUGUUUAUUUUGUAAACCUUUGUCUUUAAGUGCUAAGAAAAAAGUCAUAUAGCGCAAAGUGCUGUAGUCAUACAAAAUAAAAGUUAAAAAGUGUUUGUUUACUUACACAAAAAAAUUAACUCCGUACAAGUGUUCGAAGUCAGCGUUGAAGGCGUGCGGAAAAUCUGAAAAUACAACAAAAAGAAAAUUUGUGGAGAAAGCAGCAGCAAAAGUGUUUGACAUCAAGCAGUGAAGCUUGCAUUUUUUUAAUAAAAAGAAGAAGCAGCAAAGCGUAAAAUAUAUUUAUAAUGGAAAUAUUGCCGCAAAAAUAUCUACUACAUGCAGCGCUAUUGCUGGUGUCCUGCAGCGUGGUCUUGGCGUGUCGCGGACAAUUAUUGGUUUCUGGCCUCUCCGGUGGCGAGCGUGAGAUCAUCCUGCACGAGCACAACAAAUUGCGCCAAUUGGUGGCAACGGGCCGCUAUCCAGGUCAACCGGGUGCUGAAAAUAUGCGUGAAAUCGUUUGGGACGACGAGUUGGCGGCGCGUGCGCAACAAUGGGCCAAUAACUGUGAAUUCCGUCAUGACCCUUUGCGAACGAUCAAUCGCUUCACCAUGGGUCAAAACCUGGCGAUUAUCUGGAGCACAGCCCCGCUCGAUGCCUCCGACGGCGAUUUCCCAUCACGCAUCCAAAGCUGGUUCAAUGAGGUGCAAAAGUACUCAUUUGGCGAUGCUUGGUCAGCGAAGACUGGUCAUUACUCUCAGCUGGUCUGGGGUGAAACAAGUUUAGUUGGUUGUGGCUUCUCUGAAUACAAAGACUCAACCAAAUAUAACAAGUUGUACGUUUGUAAUUAUGGACCAGGUGGAAACGUCGUCGGUUAUAAUCCGUAUCAGGUAGGUAAGCCAUCAUGUGCGACAUAUGGCUUGCGAUCGUCAUCGCGUUAUCAGGGUUUAUGCGCACCAUCGGUAGCGCCAGUUGUUAGCGCCAACGCCAUUGACACGUAUGAGUACAAACAAAAUAGCAACAACAAAAAAUUCCCAUAUUCAACGCAACCAGCUACAACAUCAACCUCUUCUUCUUCUUCCUCCUCCUCCUCUUCCUCUGUAUAUUCUUCCAAACAGGCGACGCACACAUUUGGUCAGCGUAAGGCCGCAACAACAAAUUCAGCGUUUAGCGCCACACUACACAAGGCUACAACAACAACCACAAGUGGCCACAAGGCGUACACAACUCAGACCGGUGGCAGCAACAAAUACAAGAACAAGCUCGAGGCAUAUCGCCCGUCCACAAGCGAGUUUCAGAGGUCCAUACAGAAGCACACCAUUCUGAGGACCUACCUGAGCAAUCCCAAUUUGAGUCAGCAACAAUUGCAGCAGGAGGCACAAAAGCAACAACAACAACAAAAUGGUAAUGGCGAUGUCACAGUUGCCACCGAAGUAUACGUUUUCGACGAAAGCAAACAACAACCACAAGAAACAACAGCAAAUACAACACCGCAACCGGCCAAGCGCGGCUGGAGCCUCUUGACGUGGCGUGGCUAAAUGGAAGGAAGGGCGUAAAAUUGGGGCAUGUGACAAGUGAAAACUUCUAAUCGAUUACUACUGUGUAGUAACGGCAAAUAUGUGUGCUUCCUUGCCGCCAAAAUUAUUGAAAAAAUUAGAAGAAGAAAAGCAAAAAAAAUACUUAAUAUACGCCCCUCUGUUUGUUGUAUUGCCAUUCAAAUUGUAUUUGUAAUUAUCGAAAAAAAUAUUCCAAAUAUUACUUAAAAACUUUAUGAAUUUAUAUUUGACAUAGCAGUCAUUAGUCAGUAAGUAGAGCGCUCGCUAGUUAGGCCUAAAUAAAAAUUAUUACAUUUUUUGGGUAUAAGGGAACGUCAAAUUUUUGUCACAGCCACUCAAAAGUUCACAACUACCGACCACUGCCGACAGCCACGUCACCUCAAGCCAUCAACAGCAAUAUUCUCUUUUCAAAAACUGUUAAGAGUAAUCUCCAAUAGACUUCACUGUAACAAAAUUUCAACGCCUCAACUCAGUGCUUGCAUCUAUUGUAAUUGCCCAUAUACUCGUUUGAAUCGACGCCUCUUAUAAAUACAUAGGUAUACAUAUGUAUUAAUAUACAAAUAUACAAAUUACAUUCCAUAAAACAGCUAGGGACCGAUAUUUCGCGCCAUUUUACUGCCGAAAACUGCCACCAGCGAUCAGCAUAUACACAUACGCAACUAUAUCAUAAACUAUCAUUUUAGUAUUAGUAAGAGAUAAGUAAGAAAAUACAUACAUACGCAUAUGUACAUAAUAUACAAAACUAUGUAAUCGCCUAUGAUACGAAUGUUUGUAUCAAACGUUUGUACCCACAUUUGUCUAACACAUGUAUACAUACUACGCAAAACAAUAGUAACUAAAGCAAAAUUAUAAAAAUAUACAUAGGUACAUAUGUAUAACAAUAUAUAUGUAAGCAUGUACAAAUAUGUGUAUGCUCAAUUUGCUAAAUAUCAUAUAGUCUAGUUAUAAAUAAUAAGAGUUUUGCAUAAAUAUCGCAUGCGAUUUUUACGAAAAAAUGACACUUGUAGAUUUUAAUUUUCACCGCCAUUUUUGUGCAAAACUCUUUGGAAUGCAUUAUUUGUAAACACUAAUGCAAUAAUAAUAAUUUUUUAGUAAAUAUAGUUAUUGUGUGAAGUAUUUUUGCGGAAAUUAUAGUAAUGCAUUAUACAAUAAAUAAAAAUUAUAUAUAUCUGAAAGUUUGUUUUAUAUAUUUCAAUAAAUAU